AUGAAAGGCACUAAUAUAACCAAAUUUCUUGUGUCUUUUAGUGGUCAGAUAGAAUAUGUAGUUUUCCCUGCAGGUGUAUUUGAUGACCACUUAUACAUUCAGUACGAAAUAGUAUGGGGUCCUGAUUGGGAGCCCGUCACGGGGCUCACCACGGGAACCAGUCAAAUGGCUGCCCCUGGAAGUGAUCCAGAAAAAGUAGUUUUUAAUAUGCCUUUGGAAAUAGUUUUUGGAAGCACCAACAUAUUUGGGUGGCCGCAAAUAAUCAUAACAGUAAGGGCACAAAACCCAUUAAGUGGGGACUCUUUGCGGGGGUAUGCGGUUGUGUUGAUGCCACCAUCAUCAGGGCCGAGGACUGUGACAGCUCCGUUGGUCAGGCCGCUGGCAGCCACGCUGUUUGGUGAGUGGCUGGCGUGGCUCACCGGUCGGAAUCCUGAACUGGCUGACCCGAAAAUGCUUGCAAGUGGAAAGGAAAAUUAUUUGUUACGAACAGAAUCGUACGGCAGCAUCACUGCCAACCUGUCCAUGGUCUCCAAGGAUCUUAGGAAACUAGGCUACGACAACCAGGCGCCUCACAGAAGUGACGUCACAACGUGACACUAGGCAACUGACGUUAUUUUUUUUUUGCAUUAGUAGCUACACGUCAAAUUGGUUUUUGUUCAUUUUCGCUUUGGACGGAAUUGGGAUUCAA